AUGCCAGGGCCAAAGAGUAAGCGGAUGACACCGCGGAACUUCAUACCGCAGGGAAGGUUACGAAACUAUGCUUGGCACAACAGGACACUCGACACCAGCACUGCAGACCCGCACGCUGCUCCCGCGGCGAGGUAUUGUUCACUCAUAAUAUGAAAUAUUCAAACAAGUCAAGAUGAAAAUUGUACUUGUUGUGUAUUUUGUUUCAAUCUGCAAGAGGACUUGAUUAAUUUGAUGCAUGUGAAGAGCCUUGCUGUUUUUCUUCGCCACGAUGAGCAUUACCCUUUUCCACAACGACCUAAAGAUCAUAGUUUCUCUUUACAUCUCUUUACAUCAUCAUGCUCCUUACCUCCGGAAAAUGUAAAAAUAAGGUCAUGGAGUAUCGAUAACUACCACGCAUGCGAUCGAGAGCGGUCAGUGAAUGUGGACAUAAGGGAAACCCUACCACGAACAUGGCGUGGCGGAAAAGACGAUACAGAAGUCGUCGCGUAUUCGACUACCUCUUGAUUCUUUGUUUGCUGAGGCAGAUUUCCAUUUCGUUCUACUUUUUGCAUCGGAACCUCCGAGAAAACUGCCAUCUCUUUCAUCUCGUUGAAGAGAAGUAAAAUGAUCAACGCGGCUGACUCUUCAAUACUCAAAUUUUCACCAUUUUUACCUUUUAUUUUCAUUGAACUCCGUCACCAUCAUCACCGACCUGACAUCCAUCUCCCACCGGCUCAGGCACCAUCCGUUUAACUUCGACCCGUGUCAGUUAAACAAAGAUGUAACGCAUACGGCACCUUAUAUGACGACAAUAACGAAGAGGAGACUACGGCCAACAGAAAGUAACCCGGAAGUGCGAGGUACGAAUUCUUUAUUAGUACUGGUGAUGUUAUAAUUGUUAACCUUGUAGUACUUGUUGACGUAGUUGAUGUGUGUUGAUCAUGACGGAGAUGUGAGAUUGCACGACGACCUAAAAAACAAUCUCGAUGUCUUCUAGAUGCUACCAAAAUUGUUCCAUCAAUUUUUCUGACAACUUUGCUACCUACCACCAGAUAUGACGGACUGCAGGCCACACCGACAGGGAUCUUUGCAUGAUAUACUAGCCACGACAACGCCAUCCUGGAGCUCGAUUCCCGGAUACACUGGGCACAUAAGAGGCAAAACAGCGGAGAACAUGUAAGCUUCACCCUAUAUUAUAAGAAUGUUGACAUUUUUUUUAAGCUAAUUUACUAAAUUCUCAAGAAUCUCAUAUACAUAAGUAUAUAGAAAUACUACUAGAUUCGUGCCUUCUGAAGACAAUGACAAACACAAGAACAUGUCAAAAAUCAUGAUUAAAUCAUCUUCCUUUCCCUCUCACCACGACGCAACAGAUACGCGUUGGGCUAUUCAACCUCGAACGAGAAUGCCGAAGACGCGCUAGACAAACGGAGGAAACCAACAGAAAAUGGAUUUAGACAAUCUACGUCUAGUUUCAAAAUCCGGUGUCCACAAGGAACGUGGCGAGAUCAGGCCUAUAGACACUGGACCAAAGCAACACAUGGAAUGACACACCAGGAGGGACCCCCAUAUGGCGAUGGGACAGUGUACUUACUUACUUACUUCCUUCCACCUUCUUUCCUAUUCCUUCCUUCCUUCCUUCUGCUCCUUGUUUUUGUAGACACGAUUGCUCGUCUGUUUUUACUUCUGUUGAACUAAAAUUUUGUAAUAGUUCUAGUUCAUGAUCUAAAGAACCUCGUACUAGUUCUAGACCUGCUGCUAGUUGUAGAAGUUGUUCAAACAUACUUGAUGAUCUGUGAAAUCAAGCGAAUCCACGUGAUCCCCAUCUCCGCAGCCACCGCCAGCGUCUGCGCGUCGCCGAGCAGAUGCGGAGAAACGAGAGCGAUAAGCGGUAUGCAAGCGCCACGCAUGAAGUGCAAACAUGGGCAGCAAAUAAGCCGAAUGAAACAAGAGGCCACAACGGUUGGAGGAGAGGCAUCCGUGGGUACGCAGGAUGGAAGCCGAAGUGGAAAGAGGACAAAGACCUCUUCGAUGUCCCGCAGCUUGGGAAGGUAUAUACAAGAACAUCAAUAGCAAAUUCACAGAUUUUAUGGUUCAUCUGGUAUUUGGUAUAGCCUGAAUUUGAUCCUAAGGGUUCUCUUCUUCUUGUUUUCCCUUAUGAUCAAAUUCAGGCUAUACCAAAAAACCGGAACCAUUCACAGAUCUACAACAACUGGUAGUCAAUGAUGUUCGAUCUACGCGUAUUCAAAAAAAAUUUCAAGAAGUACAUCAUGUGAAAAACUCUAGGUCCAUCCACCCUACUAUCCGGAGAAGACGCGGUAUUCGACGAUAAUGCAGCCUGACGAGACACCGCGCGACCUGAGUAUGCUCAUGGCAUAUGAAGGGAAUCCGACAACCGGUCGCAGCUCGGCCCAUAGCUCAUCUGCGCCUGCUUUGUAACCACCUGAUCGAGUUGACCUCGUGGAAUUUUUAGUUAAACUGGUGAGUUACAGCUACAGUAUGUCAGACGAGUCAGAUAUUAAGCUUGAACAUGAACAUGAAACAAGACAAAGAAAUGAAUAGCUACUUGACAUUGUCAUUGAUACAACUCAGUAAAUUCGAUACUGCGAUAACCGAUACCUAAUAUUUUUCGACAACAAGAAGUGAUGAAAUUUUUGACCAAAUAGUCGCGUAGUUAGAACUCUGUGCAUGAUGUUCAUGUUGUCUCUCUCACUACAUUUUUACUCCAUAGAAAUACUGGUCUUAGAAAGUCCUAGGCUCAUCUUAAAUUACUCGUUUACCACGCCACUGAAUCUGAAAAAUAUAGACUCAGUCCCUCUUGUUAGAAGUCCCCAUACUUCAAGAUGAAAAUGCACGCAAACUACACACGAAGCAGAACUGGUGAGCAGUAAGUAUGACGAGAAGAAAAACACACAAACAAGCAUUUUGAAGAUCUCCUUAACCUGGAGUAGAGCUCAUUCUUGUUUCGAUCUCCGUUACAAACACGCAAUAGCAUACAUCAACAUGAUUCCAUUUCCAGUCUACCUCUAUGUCGAAGAUGUCAUACUACUACAAACGGAAGCUCCUGCUAUGGCACUUCAUUCCCGACCCUAUGAGGGUUUCGUAAUGGAUUUACUUUUUCUCGAUUGACUGACAUUUAUUCCUUCUUAGAGCUUUUGUUUCGAUUUCAAGAUGCCUAGCCACAUUCGCGGGAAGUAGGAGCGCUGGAAAAGGACCAUCACAUCAUUCACAAGAACAGGCGGCUGCUGGAGCUGACAACACAAGAGGCGAAAACACGGAGAAGCCGUCUUCAUUAUAAUUUAGAG